AUGUCAGAUUCCAACACAACCGAAUUCACCAACCCCUCCACCUUCAUCCUGCUGGGCAUUCCUGGCCUGGAGGCGGCCCAUGUCUGGAUCUCCAUCCCCUUCUGCACCAUGUACGCCAUAGCUCUCUUGGGGAACUUCACAAUCCUGUUCAUCGUGAAGACGGAGCUGAGCCUCCAUGGGCCCAUGUACUAUUUCCUCUGCAUGCUGGCCGUCACUGACCUUGUCUUGUCCACGUCCAUCCUGCCCAAAACACUGAGUAUCUUCUGGUUCAAUUCCAGGGAGAUCGAUUUCAGUGUCUGCCUCACCCAGCUGUACUUCAUUCAUUGCUUCUCGGUGAUGGAGUCUGGGAUCUUCGUGGCCAUGGCUUUGGAUCGCUAUGUGGCCAUCUGCCUUCCCCUGAGACAUUCCAGCACCCUGACAAACCCCAUGGUGGCCAAGAUUGGCCUAGCCAUAAUGGUGCAUGGGGGCAUACUUGUAAUGCCCCAUCCCUUGCUGGCGAGGUGGCAACCAUAUUGCAGAACCAACAUCAUCCCCCACACACACUGUGAACACAUGGCUGUGGUGAACCUGGCCUGUGCCGACAUCCACAUCAGUAGUUACUACGGCCUCUUUAUGGUAUUCUGUGUGCUCGGUCUGGAUGAGUUUUUUGUCGCUCUGUCCUACACCCAGAUCCUUAGGGCCAUCUUCAACCUCCCCACUAAGGAUGCCCGGCUCAAGACUUUUGGGAUCUGUGGCUCCCACCUCUGUGCCAUCUUAGCCUUUUAUAUUUCAGCUAUCUUCUCCUCUCUCACAUACCAGUUUGGCAAGAAUGUGGCCCUGCAUUUCCAUGUUUUUACUGCCAAUGUGUACAUCCUGGUGCCCCCGAUGCUAAACCCCAUCAUCUAUGGAGUGAGGACCAAACAGAUCUGGGGCAGGAUGUUCAGGCUACUUACUCAUAAAGGAAUCUAA